AGCAGAGAGACAAAGAGGGGGUGAUAGUGAGGUGGGGGAGGGUGAAGGCUCAGUGGAGAGGCAGUGGGGGGAGGCUGAGGUGCUGGCUCUACUCUCAGUGUGGGACCAGGGUGGACAACAGCACGUAGUAGAGAGCAGAAGCACAUUUGAGGUGAUUUCAGAGCGUCUGAGGAGGCUCAGUGUUGUGCGCAGCUGGAAGGAGUCUCAGCUAAUACAGAAGCAUGAGACUUCAGAGCAAGAAGCCUGAUGCAGGCACGUCAGUGAACUACAGCGCAGGAGUGGAAGAAAGGCCGCUGGAAAGGCCACAGGAGGAAGAAGGUGUGGAUAAGCAAAGAAGAAUCUACCCAGUCCAGCAAGGGAUAAAGACUCAAUUUCAUUUUGCUGUUUCUGACUCUAUGAAUGUUGCUGAAGAGGGAAUCCGCCACUGGACAGAUGAUGAAGUAAGAGCGCUGCUGUGCGUCUGGGCCGACCGCAACAUUCGGGAACGUUUGAAAAGCACGCUGCGCAACAAAUCCAUUUUCCAAGAGAUGGCUCAGCAGAUGCAAAGAAAAUAUGGGGUGAUACGCGACUGGAGACAAUGCCGUACAAAAUACAAGAAUUUGAAAUAUGACUAUAAGAUUGCUAAAAGUGCACACGCUGCAGGAGGCAGCAGUGCAGGAAGCCUGGGGAAGUACAUGAAGUUUUUUGAUGAAGUGGAAGCUGUUUUACUGGACAAAGGACUGGAAAAUGGGAGCAUGGAGAUGCAGAAGAGACUGUAUGAUGGUGAAUUGGAAGCAGGGAGGCUACAAACACCAGCAGGCCACACGGGGCAGAUAACAGGCUCUGAGAGGGAGGUGGUCAUCGACAUGGAUGAUGAUGACAACAGUGACGAUUGCAACAUGGACGGAGAAAUGGAAAUAAAGAGAGAGAGAAGUUCAGAUGCCCAUCGAGCACACACAGACUCCAGCUUUGACCAAGUGGUCACAGUGUCGGACGCUGGUCGAAACUGGAGCGACCAAGAGGUGCGAGCCCUGAUCCAAGUCUGGUCCGAUGAGCGCAUACGCAGGAAGCUGGAGAGCUCAACCAGAAAGAGGGACAUCUUUGUCCAGAUCUCGAGCAGGUUGCUGCAGCAAGGCAUUGAUCGUGACUGGAAACAGUGUCACACUAAGUACAGGAACCUCAAGUAUCUCUACAGGUCCCUCCAAAGGGGCAAGACUGAUGAAGCUGACCCGAGAUGCCUCAUGAGGUUCUACGAAGAAGUGGACUCCAUUAUGAAUCAGAGGACUGACGACUCUCUGCAAGAACCAGGAGCAGAUUCAGACAGACUUACAAUAUCUGACAACUGUGAUGAGAAAAAUAAGGUGGACGGCAACUUGGCAAACACGAGGAGAGCUGUGGAGGACAAAACCUGCACCUCUGAUUCUGACUUAUCAGUAACCAUCGAGGCAUCAAACACUUACGAGUCAGAGCGGCAUAAAAUCAAGGAGCAUCGUUUGGAUCAAGAACACAUGUUGAUGAGUGCUUCUGAGAGUGAGGUCGAUAAAGAGAAUACUACUGCAUCAAACAGAAGACUGAAGAGGAAAGCUGUGGAUGAAGACCCUGGACUGCACACAUCAGUGAAAAAGCUGAACCCUCUUGGCCCUGUUGUUGCUGACAGACUGCACACCCAGUGUAAAGAAGAGCAGGACCAUAUCCCCAUAAUAAAGAUCAACUCAGUCUGUUCAGUGGCCUCCCCUGCUCCAUCGCCACAGGGCUGCUCAGGAUCCACGAGCACCAUGGCCUCCACCCCAGAGUUAAAAAUCGGCCAGAAGCUCAAUGAGGGCAAGACUAAACAGAUUUUCGAGCUGGUGGACCAGCCGGGACUGGUUCUAGUCCAGUCUAAGGACCAGAACACAGCUGGGAACGCCGUGAGGAAAGAUCAGAUGGAGGGCAAAGCUGCCAUUGCCAACAAAACCACGAGCUGCGUGUUCCAGCUGCUGCAGGAGUCUGGCAUUAAGACAGCCUUUGUUAAGCAGCACUCGGACACGGCGUUCAUCGCAGCGCACUGCCAGAUGAUACCCAUUGAGUGGGUGUGUCGCAGAGUGGCGACUGGAUCUUUCCUCAAGAGGAAUCCAGGAGUCAAAGAGGGCUACCGCUUUUCUCCUCUAAAGAUGGAGAUGUUCUUUAAAGAUGAUGCCAACAAUGAUCCUCAGUGGUCAGAGGAGCAGCUGCUGGAGGCCAAACUGUGUGUGGCUGGGCUCACUAUUGGUCAGUGUGAGGUGGACAUAAUGAGUCGCAGCACUGUGGCCAUUUUUGAGAUGGUGGAGAAGGCCUGGGCCACUCAGAACUGCACCCUGGUGGACAUGAAGACUGAAUUUGGCGUCAGUGUGAAAAGUGGAGAGAUUGUGCUCGCUGACGUGAUUGACAACGAUUCAUGGAGGCUUUGGCCAGCUGGAGAUCGGAGCCAGCAAAAAGACAAACAGGUUUACAGAGAGCUGAAGGAAGUGACCCCAGAGGCAAUGCAGAUGGUGAAGAGGAAUUUUGAGUGGGUCUCUGAAAGGGUCAAGUUGCUGCUGGAGCCCCAGGCAAGCAGCAGGGUGGUGCUUUUAAUGGGCUCCACCUCAGACGUGGCCCAUUGUGAAAAGAUAAGAAAGGCGUGCGCCUCCUACGGGAUCCCCUGUGUCCUCAGAGUCAGCUCGGCACACAGGGGUCCAGAUGAGACGCUGCGCAUUAAAGCUGAAUAUGAAGGUGAUGGCGUACCCACUGUGUUCGUGGCUGUGGCUGGGAGGAGUAACGGCCUCGGCCCAGUGAUGUCUGGUAACACGGCUUACCCUGUGAUCAGCUGCCCUCCUCUCACUCCAGACUGGGGACCACAAGAUGUCUGGUCAUCCCUCCGCAUGCCAAGUGGUCUCGGCUGCUCCACCGUGUUGUCUCCUGAAGCUUGUGCUCAGUUUGCAGCUCAGAUCUUGGGGUUGAGGGACCACCUGGUGUGGUGCAAACUGAGGGCAUCCAUGCUCAACACCUGGGUGUCUCUCAGGCUGGCUGACAAGAAGUUCCAGGCCUGCAGCCUCUGAAGAGCCCAGCGUGCAUCACACUGAACAAAAGAGCUUUGGUCCAUUUAGCACCCUUGAAGCCAACUGCAGGACUGACAAUGACACAAUUCAUUUCAUUGAGGCCGAGUUUAUAACAUGGAACUGUUUCUAAUAGAUUUGUUAUAGUUUCUCAAUUUUAAUAGAAUUUUAUGGAAUGUUUUAAUUUGUUUAUUUAUUUUUGCCUGCAUGUUGUUGCUGCCUGUGUUUAAUUGUGUCAUUUUUGUAACUUGCUGCUGCCCAUCGUCAGGUCUCCCUAAAAAAGGUUUUUGUUUCAGUGGGAUCUUCCUGGUUGAAUAAAAG